UCUGCUCACCUUAGCCUCCCAAAAUUCUGGUAUUACAGGCUUGAGCCACCAUGCCCGGCCUUGGAUACACUAUUGAAUAGCAUGUAAGAACAUUAACUUUGGUCACUCACUUGAGUUAUAAUCCACGUAGAAGCAUUGGGGCCUUGGGCAAAUCUUAUAAAUUAUCUGAGCUCCUGAAUGGUAAUCUGUAAAAUGAGACCAAGUAUAUACAGCUCAUAUAUUGCUUGAAAUCAUUAAAUUAAAUAUAAAUGAAUUGAUACAUGCAAGGCGUCCAAUAAAUACCUCUGAUAAUAGAUCUUCUUUUGUGCAUUUCUACAUUUCCUCUCCCAUCACAUGUCAACUAGUUUAUAGAAGAUCUCUGAUACAGAUUAUACUUUCUUGGUGUUGUAUGUCCAGGCCUUUGUUCAAUGCCUAAGAUGAAAUGUGCCCUCAAGAAAUAUUUUAUAAAUGAAUAAAUGCAUGAAUGAACCAUUUUGUAAGUAGAAAGGUUGGGAGGUUAAUGGGAUAAUGAGAACAGCCAGAAACUAAAAUUGAAUAGGCAUCUGUAGUCAGUGUAGGUGUGGGGUCUAAGUCUCUCUGAAGCAGUAAAGAAGGGAAGACUAGAGUAUGUAGAAAGGUAGAUGCUAAUUUGAUGGUAGGAGAUUUCACAUUUUCUUAUGAAACAAGGACGAACACUCCAGACUCCCAAUUUUACCCAUCUACUCUUCUCCAACCUAGAGCUCAGGAGGAAGGAGACUGAAGGAAAGAUGUAUAGCCUGAGAGAAAGAAAGGGUCAUGCAUACAAAGAGGUCAGUGAGCUGCAGGAUGAUGACUACCUGUCGGCCCUUUUGGCCACUCUCACAGCUUGCUGUUAUGUCCUGGUACAAUAAUUUCAUCAUUUGGCCCACAAAUCAUUCCUUCACUCUAACGAAUUAGAGUAUAAGAUUGGGGAUAAAUAAUGUGAGCACCGAAAUCUUUCUGAAGCUCUUAUAUCGAGGAACAUGCAUUAUAACUUUCCUAAUCCCUGCUUCCCUCACUUCCAGAUUGAGAUGUGUCAGAACUUCUUCAUUGACAGCUGUGCUGCUCAUGGGCCCCCUACAUUUGUAAAAGACAAUGCAGUGAACAAAGGGCAUCCCAACCGUUCAGCCCUCAGUCUGCCCCCGGGGCUGAGAAUUGGGCCAUCAGGCAUCCCUCAGGCUGGGCUUGGAGUAUGGAACGAGGCAUCUGAUCUGCCGCUGGGUCUGCACUUUGGCCCCUAUGAGGGCCGAAUUACAGAAGACAAAGAGGCAGCCAACAAUAGACACUCCUGGCUGAUCACCAAGGGGAGAAACUGCUAUGAGUAUGUGGAUGGAAAAGAUAAAUCCUGGGCCAACUGGAUGAGGUAUGUGAACUGUGCCCGGGAUGAUGAACAACAGAACCUGGUGGCCUUCUAGUACCACAGGCGGAUCUUCUAUAGAACCUGCCGAGUCAUUAGGCCAGGCUGUGAACUGCUGGUCUGGUAUGGGGAUGAGUACGGCCAGGAACUGGGCAUCAAGUGGGGCAGCAAGUGGAAGAAAGAGCUCAUGGCCAGGAGAGAACCAAAGCCAGAGAUCUAUCCAUGCCCCUCAUGCUGUCUGGCCUUUUGAAGUCAGAAAUUUCUUCAACAUGUGGAACGCAAUCACUCCUCUCAGAACUUCCCAGGACCAUCUGCAAGAAAACUCCUCCAGUCAGAGAAUCCCUGCCCAGGGGAUCAGAAUCAGGAGCAGCAAUAUUCUGAUCCAUCCAGCUGUAAUGACAAAACCAAAGGUCAAGAGAUCAAAGAAAGGUCCAAACUCUUGAAUAAAAGGACAUAGCAGAGGGAGAUUCUAAGGGCUUUUACUAGCCCACCCAAAGGACAAAUGGGGAGCUCUAGAGUGGGAGAAAGAAUGAUGGAAGAGUUCAGAACAGGCCAGAAAGCGAAUCCAGGGAACACAGGCAAAUUAUUUGUGGGGGUAGAAAUCUCAAGAAUUGCAAAAGUCAAGUAUGGAGAGUGUGGGCAAGGUUUCAGUGGUAAGUCAGAUGUUAUUACACACCAAAGGACACACACAGAGGGGAAGCCCUACGUCUGCAGGGGGUGUGGGCGGCGCUUUAGCCGGAAGUCAAGCCUCCUCAGACACCAAAGGACACACACAGAGGGGAAGCCCUACGUCUGCAGGGGGUGUGGGCGGGGCUUUAGCAUUAAGUCAAACCUCCUCAGACACCAGAGGAUACACACAGGUCAGAAGCCCUAGUCUGCAAGAAGAAUGAGUAAGUCUUUAGUAAUAAAACCUUAUCUCAAUAGCCACAAGAAGACAAAUGUGGUCACCACACAUUUGCACACCCCAGCUCUGAGGUGGCUUCAGCGGAAAUCUGCUGACCCCUUACAUUCUCCGAGAGUGUAAAGAGAUCAGAAAGAACUAAUUAAACAAACCCACCAGUUUCAUGACUAUAGAUGAGGAAGAACAGGGGAUAGUUCUGUAAGUGUUCGGGGGACGUCAACAUGUAUGGUUCUUUCCCGCACUGAUCCCCUCCGUUUUUUGUGUUUUGCCUCCCAUUCUAAUAAAUUUCAUCUCCAUACAAAUCUGAACCCCGAGUGUAUACCUCAUAGUCCAGAAGGGCCACAGAGAACUCACACGUUCAGCUCAAGUCUCCACAGGAAUUCAACCCCCAGAAAGAUAUGUCCAUCUGAAAGCAGAGUCCAUCUGGUUUCACUAUUGGAGAAUCGAUUCCCAAGUCCAAGAAGAUAAACAUAGGAUUUUAGAGAGUUGCAGCAGGAAAGGGAGCUCCCUGGUCUCCUGGGAAGCGUGGCCUCUUCUCCUAACGGACCCCUCUCCUCUGCUCGAUACUCUCCUUUGGCUCGCCCUGUCUCCUCUCCUGAUUUCCUCCAAUCUCUGUAGCCCCAGAGGUGAAAGCCAGACAGGAACACACAUGUGUGUAUAUAUGUGUUCACAUGUGCUACAUGCCUGCAUGCAUGGGUGCCCUCCGUGUGUGUAUCUGUGUGAGUGUAGGGGGUUUCAAGGGUGUGUGAGGAAUAAAACUCAAAAUCCUAAGGAAAUUGAACACUCUGAGAGAAGAGAGACAGACCCUCUCAUAUUGUUUUAUAUUCAGAAAAGGAAAGAGAAGCAAAACUAAAGGCAGGUAGCCCAGCGCCUACGAACCAGACCUGAAAGCAAGCAACCAGACCUGAAACCAGGCCUGGGCCUGCCUGACCUAAGCCUGGUAGUUAAAAUUCGACCCCUGACCUAGCAACUGAUGUUAUCUGUAGAUUACAGAAAGACAUUGUGAAACUUCCCAGUCUGUUCUGUUUCAUUCUGACCACCAGUCCAUGCAGCCCCCAGUCACGUACCCCCUGCUUGCUCAAUCGAUCACAACCCUCUCACAUGGACCCCCUUAAAGCUGUGAGCCCUUAAAAGGGACAGGAAUUGCUCACUUGGGGAGCUUGGCUCUUUAGACAGGAGUCUUACCAAUGCUGCCGGCCGAAUAAACCUCUUCCUUCUUUAACUCGGUGUCUGAGUAGUUUUGUCUGCGGCUUGUCCUGCUACAACUCGAACAACAGAUUUUUAGCAAAGCAAUUUUAUUUCUGCACAGAAGGGUGCCUCCUUGGCCAGUCACCAUGAGAACACACCUGAACAAAGGGGCACGAGAGCCUUUAUUCCUGACGCAAGUCCUGCCCCUGUACCUUUUCCCAUUGGCCGGGGUCAGGUCAUACAAUCUAAACUAAUCCCAGUUGGCUAAACAUUUGAUUUUUUUAGAUAAGGUGGGCAAGUAAAAGAAAGUGGAGUCUGGGCAUGGUGGCUCACGCCUGUAAUCCCAGCA